AUGGCCGAGCACCGCGACUGGCGCAAGUGUCAAGAAGCAGUUCGAAACUUUCAGAUGUGCAUAGAGCGUAACGCGAAGAAAGCUGGGAGCCAGUAGGAGCGAUUUGUCCGUUGCGCCGUUGCCAACGUGGAAGGCGUUGGUUUCGUUUGCGAGCAUGGCGUCAGCGUCAGAACCGUGGGGCUCUACCAGUACCAGCGCUGCCAACAGCUCUGAACAAACUUUCGAGGACAACUUCAGUCCAGCGCUUGCGGACACGGAACACUAUGUGGCUGCUCUAGAGUCCAAGCUGGCCAGACUGAAGGGUCGGACCAGAGAUGUGACGGCGCGAGAAAUGCUUGCAGUGCUGGGAGAAGCGCGUCACGACCACACAGGUCGUCUGAUCGCAUCAGAUCCGGUGCCAUCUGCACCAGAAGUUGCGGCAUAUUUGCCAAGCGACGAUUACGGCGAUGCGCCUGUUCAUGCGACUUAUCUCGAGAGGAGGCUGUUCCCUGAAAAGCAGGCCUUGACGCAAGAAGAGCUCAGGCACCUGCUUGAGGCCGACUUCUUGGAAAAGCAGGCCCUGGCCGCAGCUGUAGGAACUGCCGGGGAAGCCAGAGACAGGGCAAGCAUCUCUAGUGCAGAUUCAGAGCCUAACCGGUGAACAACACAUGCGGCCUUGGCUUCACCUCAUGGCAAUGAAUCCACUGUUCAUGUUGUACAUUGUAGCUGGCUACUGUCUCGUAUUGAUGGCAUGUCGUGCUGUUGCAUUUCCAUUCAGGUACAAUAAUGCCUGAUUUUUUUUUCUUACGUUGAUUUAGAUACUUGUUGAGAUAGAUUUCUUUCCAUCGAUGACUGUAUUGAAUAAACUCCUCUGCUCAGAGGUUUUAGUUUCUUUA